AUGGCGGGGGUGCCGAGACCGCGGGGACCUCCUUGGAUGGUGGUGGUGGUGGUGAUGGUGAUGGGGGAUGCACCUCUAGGAUCUGCCCGGUCUCCUCCUGAGGACAUCCGUAACACGGUGGGGAACAUCCCCAUGGAGUGGUACGAGGACUUCCCACACAUUGGCUACAACCUGGAGGGCAAGAAGAUCUACAAACCCAUCAGGAACAAGGAUGAGCUGGACAUGUUCCUGGAGAAGAUGGAGAACCCUGACUACUGGAGGACAGUCCAGGACAAGAUGACGGGGGCGGACGUGAAGCUGACGGACGAGCAGGUGGAGUUGGUUCAUCGGCUCCAGAGGGGACAGUUUGGGGACAUCCACUUCAACCCUUACGAGCCCUCCGUUGACUUCUUCACCCACGAGGUGAUGAUCCACCCGGUGACGAACCGGCCGGCGGACAAGCGGAGCUUCAUCCCCUCCCUCAUCGAGAAGGAGAAGGUCUCCAAGCUGGUCCACGCCAUCAAGAUGGGUUGGAUCAAGCCCCGUAAGCCCAAGGAUGAGACACCCACCUACUACGACCUCUGGGCCCAGGAGGAUCCCAACUCCAUCCUGGGCCGCCACAAGAUGCACGUCCCAGCCCCCAAGAUGAAGCUCCCUGGACAUGAGGAGUCCUACAACCCCCCCCCCGAGUACCUGCUCAGUGAGGAGGAGAAGCUGGCCUGGGAGCAGCAGGAGCCGGAGGAGAGGAAGUUGAACUUCGUGCCCCAGCAGCACCGCUGCCUCCGCGCCGUCCCCGCUUACCCCCGCUUCAUCCACGAGCGCUUCGAGCGCUGCCUCGACCUCUACCUCUGCCCCCGACAGAGGAAAAUGAGGGUCAACGUGGACCCUGAGGACCUGAUCCCCAAACUGCCCAAGCCAAGGGACCUGCAGCCCUUCCCAACCACCCAGGCCCUGAUCUACCGUGGACACUCCAGCCUGGUGCGCUGCCUCAGCGUCUCUCCCAGUGGGCAGUGGUUGGUGUCAGGUUCUGAUGAUGGCACCGUGAGGUUCUGGGAGGUCUGCACGGCCCGGUGCAUGAAGACCCUGCCCGUGGGAGGGGUGGUGAAGAGCAUUGCCUGGAACCCCAACCCCACCAUCUGCCUGGUGGCCAUUGCUGUGGAGCAGUCAGUGCUGCUGGUGAACCCCUGCCUUGGGGACAAACUGCUCUACGGGGCCACGGAUCAGGUCCUGGAGUCCUACGUGGCCCCGGAGGAGGAGAGGAUCCAACCCGUGCAGUGGGUGAGGGCCCCCCCGGAGGAGCAGAGCAGGGGGAUCCGGCUGGUGGUGCAGCACAGCAAGCCCGUGAAGCAGGUGACCUGGCAUGGCAGGGGGGAUUACUUUGCCAGCGUGGUGUCGGACCACAGCAACACCCAGGUGCUGAUCCACCAGAGCAGCAAACGUUGGAGCCAGAACCCCUUCCGGAAGAGCAGGGGGCUGGUGCAGUGUGUCCUCUUCCACCCCAUCAGACCCUUCUUCCUGGUGGCCACGCAGCGCCAUGUCCGCAUCUACAACCUCCUCAAGCAGGAGCUCACCAAGAAGCUGAUGGCCAACUGCAAGUGGGUGUCCAGCAUGGCCAUCCACCCCGGAGGUGACAACAUCAUCUGUGGCAGCUAUGACAGCAAGCUGGCCUGGUUUGACCUGGACCUCUCCACCAGACCCUACCAGAUGCUGAGGCACCACAAGAAAGCACUGAGGAGCGUGGCCUUCCACAGGCACUACCCCCUCUUUGCCUCGGCCUCAGACGAUGGAACCGUCAUCGUCUGCCAUGGGAUGGUCUACAAUGACCUCCUGCAGAACCCCCUGCUGGUUCCUGUCAAGGUGCUGAAGGGCCAUGCCCUGACCUUGGACCUGGGGGUCCUCGACAUCGUCUUCCACCCCACCCAACCUUGGGUCUUCUCCUCGGGCGCUGACGGCACCGUGCGGCUCUACACCUGACUGCUGCCACCACCAGUGUCCCCCAGCACCACCCAGCACCAGGGCCCCCACACUGCUGGGAACGUCCCUCCUGCCCCACCACAGA